AUGGCGUCUAUUCUACCUCAUCUCAGUGCUCCGACGACUGGACAUGAGAACAGGGAACAUAGCUUUAAUCCAUACACGGAUAACGGCGGUUCAACUCUCGGCAUUGCCGGUUCUGACUUUUGCAUUCUGGCCGGCGACACUCGUUCUACGUCAGGCUACAACAUCAACACCAGAUACGCACCCAAACUCUUCAAGAUAGGCGGCGAUGAUGAAACGGGGGAAGGCGCUCACAUUGUUCUGUCGGUCGUUGGCUUCGCUGCAGAUGGACAUGCCCUGAAAGAAAGGCUCGACAGCAUCGUCAAGGUGUACCGCUACCAACACGGCAAACCCAUAACUGUUAACGCAUGUGCACAGCGUCUAUCGACGAUCCUCUACUCGAAACGAUUUUUCCCAUACUACGCUUAUGCCAUUCUCGGUGGGUUGGAUGAAGAAGGACGCGGCGCUCUAUACAGUUACGAUCCCGUCGGCUCUUACGAGCGAGAGCAGUGCCGAGCUGCAGGUGCAGCGUCCAGUCUGAUCAUGCCGUUCCUGGACAACCAAGUCAACUUCAAGAAUCAAUACAUCCCUGAAAGUGGAGAGGGUCAUGCUUUGGAGCGACGCACCCCUGCACCUUUACCCCAGGAUACCGUGGAGCAGCUCGUGCGAGAUGCGUUUACUAGUGCGGUCGAGAGACACAUCGAAGUGGGUGAUGGUUUACAGAUGAUGAUUAUCACCAAGGAUGGUAUUCAGGAGACGUACACACCAUUGAAGAAGGACUAG